AACAAAGGUGGAUCAACUGCAAAGAAUGAGGCAUGCUUACGACAGAAGUUGCGAGAACUAGGAAAACUACUGAUCACUGGCAGAAAAGUUGCAUCUCUGAAGACAAUGGAAGAUUUUAUACAUCCUCAAAACUACAUGAAGAUGGUUCAAGCUGUCAGACAUACAUGUGGAUAUGAUAGUGAAGCCAACACAUACAAAACUCCUUCUCUGGCAAAGAAACUUGGAAUAAGCCUGAUGAAGCUCAGCAAACUCGUGAAAGCUCAAGCUUUGAUUGCGAAAGACCACUGCUUGGCACAGAAGCUCAGUAACUUCCAAGAAAUACAUAAAGAACGGUGGUGUGAACUGAUCUCAGCAACAGCAGCACGAAAUCUUGAGGAGUCAAAGUGGAAUGCCCCCACAGUGUUGCCUUUUACAGAAGAUGUGCAAAAACUUCAUGCAUUUCUCAAUAAAAUGCAGGAUGAAUUGAUCAAGCAGUUAUCAGCAGAGCCCACAUCAAAAUACUGGUCUGAUCUUGCAAAGGUCGCUUUGACUCAGAUCAUGCUCUUUAACCGUCGUAGAGAGGGAGAGGUAUCGUGUAUGCUCCUAUCCGCUUUCUUAUCCAGGGACACCAGUGAUCCACAUGAUGACAUAGAUUGGGCCCUCUCCGAAGUUGAGAAAAAACUCUGCAGGCACUUCUCCAGAAUUGUGAUCAGAGGAAAAAGAGGACGUCCAGUUCCUAUUCUGCUGACCCCUAAAAUGCUGAAUGCAGUAGAGUUGCUUGUGAAGAACAGGGAGACUUGUGGAGUGCUGAAAGACAAUGUUUAUCUCUUUGCUCGGCCAUCAGCAAUGUCACAUUACAGAGGCUCAGAUUGUAUCCGCAGCUUUGCAAAGUCUUGUAAUGCAAAUAGUCCUGAUGCACUGACAUCCACAAAACUGCGAAAACAUGCUGCCACUCUUUCUACAGUUCUAAACUUGAAGGACACAGACAUGGAUCAGUUAGCAAACUUCCUGGGACAUGACAUCAGAAUUCAUAGGGAGUUCUAUCGCCUUCCUGAAAAGACCCUCCAACUUGCAAAAGUCAGCAAAGUUCUUAUGGCAUUAGAACAAGGGAGACUUGGAGACUUCAAGGGCAAGAAUUUGGAUGAGAUCAGUAUUGACCCAAAUGGUAUAUAACAGUCUUUGUGUUUUUUAUUUUUAUUAUCCAGUCAAUUAUUCACUCAUUCACAAUGACACAACAGUACAGAUGUUUUAAUGUUGUGAUCUACAAGUCUUAUUAAUUUACUUUUUGUCAAUACAUUGUUCUUUUUGCAGAGGAGAUGGAGCUAAUUGAUGAUGAUGAUGAAAGAAGAAGUGAGGAAGAGGAUGAAAAAUAUGAAGAACUUGGAGGUAUUUUCAUCAUCAGGGGAAAAUGGCAUGGUAUUUCAUUAGACUAGUUGAAUAAUUGUUUUUCUUGAUUUUCCAAAAAAUGUAACUUAAUUGCAGUAUAUACUUGAUUUGUAUAGGUAAUAAAUAGGAAUAAAAUGUAAUAGGUUCAGUCAUUAUGCAAACUAUGAAAACAUUCCAGAAAUACUGGCCCCAAGGGUGUUCAGCUCUGGUUCUGGAGAGCUGGUGUCCAGAACAGUUUGAUAAUCCCCCUACUCAAACACAUCCUAAACAUGGAAAUUAACAGAUGUGUUCAAUCAGGAGUGUUUGAGCAGAAAAAAAUGACCAAACUGUCCUAGACAUCAGCCCUCCAAGACAGAGCUGAACACCCCUGCCUUACUCAGAUAAUUGCUGAAAGCUCUAAGAUUUGAUAAUUGUAGUCAUUUUAUAAAUAAACACAGAGAUUACACUUACUGUUAAACAUAUUUUAGGAUUUAAAUGUAAUGCUGAUAAUGUUGAAACUUUCACCGGAAGCAAUGCAGGAGGAGUCACCAGAAGCAACCCGAGUAACACCACUUGACACUGCGCUUAUGUCCCUGCCAGAGAAGAAGAAUUCACCUCAGAUACCUUCUGUUAAAGGUAAAACAUCUGCACAGAAAAGAAGAAAAGCUUGGGAAGUGACAGAGAUCCAGGCUGUGGAAAGACACCUGAAAAACUUUAUCACUUCAUGCCGUGUCCCAGGGAAGGCAGCCUGUGAGAAGUGCAUAAGAGCUGAGUCUUCAGCACUUAAAAACAGAGAUUGGCAGAGUGUUAAAUUCUAUGUUCACAAUCGCAUUGUGGCUUACAAGAGAGAUGUAAGCCACAAAGUGUAAUUUUUUUUUCUUCUGAAAAAGAUGUAAAUACACCAAUUCUGACCUCUUUGUUUCUACGCUCAUUGUCCAUUUUAUCAGCUCCACUUACUAUAUAGGUGCACUUUGUAGUUCUACAGUUACAGACUGUAGUC